CGCUAUCGGGUCAACUCUUGACAUUGUUUAGGAUCGGAACUGAGAAAUAUAAAAAUUUAAUAUUUAAAAAACUGUGUUUUAUAAGGAAACUAUUAGUAUUUCAUUCAUAUCAAAACAAAAUGUAGUUUUUUAAUACAUCAAAGUUAAAGUUUACAAAUUUUAACUAAGAAAAAUCAAAUAAAAAGAUCAUUUGGGAAGUGAAAUUAGUAUUAAUCUCUAAAAUAUUCUCUCUCUACUAUCUUCUAAGCUCCUUUCAUUAGUAUAAAUAGAGAGAGAAAUGAGAGAAUCCCACCCCCCAAAAAGGCCACCACUGCAAAUCUCAUAGAGAAAAUAUAAAUGGCACUUCCCAAUACAGAAAUGGAAGCAAAAACUCUCCAAGACUCUUGGGACUCCAAGGGCCGCCCCUCCCUCCGCUCCUCCUCCGGCGGCUGGACCAGCGCCGCCAUGAUUUUAGGGGUAGAGGCAUGUGAAAGGAUGACGACGUUAGGGAUUGCCGUUAACCUGGUGACGUAUUUGACGGGGACUAUGCACUUGGGAAACGCUAACGCCGCUAACAACGUUACUAACUUUCUGGGCACCUCCUUCAUGCUCACCCUCCUUGGUGGCUUCCUUGCGGACACUUUUCUCGGAAGGUACUUAACCAUCGCCAUUUUUACCACCGUACAAGCCACGGGUGUGACGAUUUUGACAAUCUCAACAAUAAUCCCGAGCUUAAGGCCUCCAAAGUGCGAGAGUGGAAGCCCGUCAUGUAUUCCGGCGACCGGCACCCAAUUGACCGUCCUCUACGCCGCCCUCUACCUGACGGCGCUCGGCACCGGCGGCCUGAAGUCCAGCGUGUCGGGCUUCGGGUCCGACCAGUUCGACGAGACCGACGAGAAAGAGCAGAGGCAGAUGGUGAAGUUCUUCAACUGGUUCUUCUUCUUCAUCAACGUCGGGUCCCUGGCGGCCGUCACGGUGUUAGUAUACAUCCAGGACACCCUCGGCCGGCGGUGGGGAUACGGCAUUUGCGGCGGCGCGAUCGCGGCCGCGGUUCUCGUAUUUCUGUCGGGGACGAAACGGUACCGCUUCAAGAAGCUCGUGGGGAGCCCCCUGACGCAGGUGGCGUCGGUUCUCGUGGCGGCGUGGAGGAAGAGGAAGCUGGAGUUGCCGUCGGAUCCUUCCCUUUUCUUGGACGUCGGCGAUGAUGCCGCCGGCGACCGGUCCUUCAAGAAGAAGCAGAAGUUGCCCCGCAGCAAAGAGUUCCGAUUCUUGGAUAAGGCUGCAAUCAAGUGCUUUGAAGGCACUGAAGUUACCGUGGGGAGCAAAUGGUCAAUUGCAACAUUAACCGACGUGGAAGAGGUCAAACAAUUGGUGAGAAUGUUACCAACUUGGGCCACAACCAUAAUGUUUUGGACUGUUUAUGCCCAAAUGACAACAUUUUCCGUGUCACAAGCCACCACCAUGGACCGCCACGUCGGCAGGUCGUUCGAGAUCCCACCCGCAUCGCUGACCGUCUUCUUCGUCGGGAGCAUCCUGCUGACCGUCCCCUUCUACGACCGCGUCGUGGUCCCCACGGCGCGGCGCGCCCUGAAAAACCCGCAGGGCCUGACCCCGCUGCAGCGCAUCGGGGUCGGCCUGGUGUUCUCGGUGCUCGCCAUGGGGGCCGCGGCGCUGACGGAAGUCAAACGCCUCGGCGUGGCCCGCGCGAGCGGGCUGGCCGAGCGCGCGAAUGCGGCGGUCCCCAGGAGCGUGUUCUGGCUGGUCCCGCAGUUCUUCCUCGUCGGGGCGGGGGAGGCGUUCACCUACAUAGGGCAACUUGAUUUCUUCCUAAGGGAGUGCCCUAAGGGGAUGAAGACAAUGAGCACAGGACUAUUCCUAAGCACAAUAUCCCUAGGGUUCUUCUUGAGCUCAACUUUGGUCACCAUUGUGCAUAAGGUGACAGGACACAAAAGGCCAUGGCUGGCUGAUAACCUAAACAAGGGGAGGCUCUAUGACUUCUAUUGGCUAUUGGCAAUACUAAGUGUCAUUAACUUUAUGAUUUUCUUGGUUUGCUCAAGAUGGUAUGUGUACAAGGAGAAGAGGGUUGGAGAUGAUGAAGGAAUGGAGAUGGAGCCUUCAGAACAUGCAGUGUGUCAUUAAUUAAGAUGUAAUUAAGGGGUGUGUUAAUUAUUUGGAAUUGGGCUUAGGUGGCAUGGAAUUUAGGGGAACAUAAUUUUCAUUUGGUUUCUAUUGAGUAUGGAUUAUUUUGAUAUUCCAUGAUUUGAGAGCUCAUAGUUGUUAUAAUUAGGGUUUUUUGUGUGUGAAUUUUAGUCAUCUUUUUUUGAAGGACUAGUCAUCUCUUCAUCUUUUGAAUUGCACUCAUGUAGUAGUCAUGUGUAUAAAAAUAAGGUAUUGUA